AUGGGUAACGCAGGGAGUAACCCUCCUAAGGAAUGGACAAAAGAUCAUCAAAGUAAACAUGUUGAAGUUGGACCAUCCUCUCCAACAAAAGAUGGAGAGGCCUUUACAUUUGACAAGAAAACAGACGACGACCGAAGCGGUCGAGACGAUGACAAUAACCUUGAAGAAGGAGCUCCAUAUUAUACAAAAGCUGUGCCUGCAUAUGAAGAUCAUGAUGAAGAACCUAUGCCCCGUAAAAGAUCAAAUACAUUAACUGAAAGCAAUAAGAGUAUAGAAGAUGUUCAAGUGUUACCAACAGUCUUCAAAUGGGAAGGAGGGGGAAAACAGGUUUUUAUCAGUGGAACAUUUACUGAAUGGAAAACAAUUCCUAUGGUCAAAUCUCAUGGAGAUUUUGUAACUAUAAUUGACCUACCAGAAGGUGAGCAUCAGUAUAAAUAUUUCGUAGAUGGAGAAUGGAGACAUGAUCCUACAGUAAAAGUUGUAGACAAUGGAAUGGGAUCUAAAAACAAUUUGGUAACUGUGAAAAUGUCUGAUUUUGAAGUAUUUCAAGCUCUUGCUAAGGACAGUGAAGGCAUACACAGUUCAGCGCAGACUGAAUAUUCCCAGGAAAUCCCACAAUCCAAGCCCUGGGAAAAAGUAUCUGGACCUCCAAUAUUACCACCCCAUCUGCUGCAAGUUAUUUUAAAUAAAGAUACACCAUUAUCGUGUGAGCCAACACUUUUACCAGAACCCAAUCAUGUGAUGUUGAACCAUUUAUAUGCAUUAUCAAUUAAGGACGGAGUUAUGGUGCUAUCUGCAACACAUAGACACAGGAAGAAGUAUGUUACAACAUUGCUGUAUAAACCAAUUUAA